AUGGACAAUGACUAUCACCAGAGAGAUGACUGCGACUUGUAUGAUCUCAAUCCACUGAUUUAUUAUCUUACCAAAGAUCUUGAGACUAUCGAAGAUGGCGCAUCGGUGGAGAUUGACCUCGCUCUCGAUGCAAUUAAGCAGCUUUACGACCAAUUGGAUUUCCUUCCUCCUGGAUCGGGAGAGAGGUCUGUUCAAGCUGCCGCCCUACAGGACUCAGAGACCACCGAAGACUUUGCCAAUGUGAUGCGGCAAAUAAACCCAGCCAUACGAAUUCACAUCCCCACCACCGGCCUCCCUGCGAUAUUUGUCGACCGCAGCACCUCAGAACUGGAGACAGUUGCAACCUGGCUAGAAAAAUCGAUCUUGAAUGGCUCUCGCCAGCAUUCUGGAUCGAUGCCUCGGGUCUGCUUUGUGGACGAAUUCGUGAUUGAACAGCUUACGUGGCUUGUGCAGCAACGACUCGACUGGAUUGCCGAUCUUCUGACAUCUACCUUCCCCUCUCUCAAAAAGAAGGGGCUGUCUGUCACCGCCGACAAGCUCUCUCGCCUGAUUGUGCUUCAGUCCACCGAUUCGAUUGAUCCAGAAACUAUUGGUCCGGUUGCAAGUCAGGUCACAAAGUCAUACCACGGCAUCUUGUUGAUUCCGACCACCAGUCUCGAUCACGGGAUUGACUUGUGGAACAAAGUGAACAAUGGCAUGCCUUCGCCGGCGAUCUAUGUGUUCGGCGGCGGGAAAGAAACCUGGUACCUCUCCCAGUUUAUUAACUCAGAGCAUUGCUUUGUAAAUUGCAUUCCUCCGCGAUCAUUUUGCAUGAUUGCACCCAGUUCAUCACACGAUACUUUCGCGCUGCCAUUCCGCCCAGACAACUUUUCACGCAAUAAAGUUAUCCUACAAGACUCCAACCUGAAUUACCAAGGAUCUCGUCAUGGUUACCUGAAUUUGAAGAAAAUUUCACAGCCAAAGGGCGGUCGGCUCUCGUAUUUUGAGCAAGGUCUGAUCGUGGGACUGAGCGUUACUGCUAUCGCUGCGUCAACCUUUGCAUUUACUAUCUUCAAGGGAUUGAAGCAGGUCUAUUAUUGA